UAUAAAAAUAUCGAGAGGAUAAAUUCUCCCCUUAAAAAAUACUCUUCAAUCCCUAAUAAAGUACUAUAUUAAUGUGGACGUUGUCGGAUAGUGUGAAGUAGGUAUCUUUAAUUUCUGUGUAACACAAUUUUUUUGUUUUAAGAUUUUCAAAUUUUAUUUGUUCAAUCAGAUAUAACAAUAUAGCAAGGAAACAGUGUAUCAUAUCAGAAGUAGAAUAAUUACAUGUUCCAUGACUCGGAAUACACGUGCAACACACGUGCCGAAGAACUAGUAUAUAAAGAAAAGGAAGCUCCAAAAGGAGAAACCCUAAGCUUUCAAAUCAAAGCAAUAGAGAAGAGGAAGCUGUAAAGAUGACUCGAAAGGCAAAUCGUAUCCAAGGGAAAAGAGCUACGAAGCAUUUUGAGGAAAAAAUUAAGAUGGAUGUUGAUGGUGCUAGGGGAAUCUACUUCAAUGAAGAAAUAGUUGUGGACAUCCUCAGCAGGCUAUCUGUGCGGUCUCUUCUUCGAUUCAAAUGUGUUUCGAAGUUUUGGAUGGCAUUGAUCUCCGAGCCUUGCUUUACGCUGAAGCAUCUCAAGCUUUCCAAGAAUAACCAAAAUUCCCCAAAAAUUCUUUUUCUUAAGAACAUGUUUUCCUUGCAUUUUUCCUCUUUAACACCAGCUUCUUUGUCGUCGACUCAAUUUACUGAGAAUGUACAAAAACUUGAUUGGCUUUAUGGCGGUAAACCAUGGAGUUGCAAGAUAUAUUGUUGCUACGAUGGCUUGGUUCUUGUGGGGGUUCGUAGAUAUGAUAAUACUAACCAUCUCAUACUUUUUCUAUGGAACCCUUCCACAAGAGAAUCGGUUGUACUUCCUAGUACAGAAUUUUUACCGCAAGAAGAUUAUACUUGCGGAUUGGGAUAUGACUCAACUAGUGGUGACUAUAUGAUCCUUAAGAUCAGUUACCAAUCAUGCAGUGAAAUUCUUGCAUUGAAAAGUGGUAUGUGGAGAAUAAUUGGUAAGCCUACUGGCAUUUACUCCUCGUGGUUGUCUGAUAUGGACUCUUUGGCUUUUGUACAUGGAGCAUUUCAUUGGCUUGGUUUGUCGCGGAAUGAUUCUGUGACUUCAUAUGAUAUUACAAAUGAGGUAUUCAAAGAAAUACCAUUGCUAGAUGGAAUGUUUGUGGUUCCCGACAUGAAAUACGUCAAACAUGGCCUUUCUGUUUUGGGAGAAAUGAUUUGUAUUUGUUCUACUCAUCGUGAUCAGUGGAAGUACAUUUUCAACGUAUGGAUAAUGAAAGACUAUGGUGUGAAGGAAUCUUGGAAUCGAUUUUUCACUAUACAAAGUGCUGAUCUUUAUUCUUUGGUACCAGAAUACAGGUUUUCAGAUGGUGAAGUGUUACUCCGUUGCAAGCAUUUUGACCGUUGUGGUUAUCUUUUUAAUACAACCAAAGAAUCAUCUGGUUUUUGGCCUCAAUAUCGUUCAGAAUGUAUUCAGAAUGGAUUUGUUUAUACAGAAAGCUUGAUCUCUCCAAAAUUACUUACAUAGUAUUUACUCAUUUACGAUCAAGACAACAUUUUUUCGAGGAAUCGCAGAACUGGCAGUGGUCAUACAACUUCACGUACGUGCUUAAGCUGCUCGACCUGUUGGGAACAUACAUUAGGAUGUCAAACUGGGCAAUUUACAGAGUUGUAACAAGUUAGAUUUUGUUAUUUUUCAGGGAUUAACCUUGCGUUGCGUAUGACUUUCUUCAAAAACAAAAAGUGGUUGUAUGAACUAUCUGCCUUGUUGAACUGAUCACAUUAUAUCAGUUUCAUUGUGUUUUUAUUAUUUAGAUGCCAUGCUGAAGCACAUUAAUGAUCUGCUUUGCAUCCUUUUCGAAA